UUCCUUUUCUUCUUCUUCUCCGUUAUGACCGCUCGCAACUCCUGACAAAAUCCUGCUACCAGGAACAAGCCAAAGGGAAGAAGGGCUCCGGUUAGAAUAGUUUUAAAACCUCCUCCAGAAGAUUGGCCUCAACCUGAAGCAAUAAAGGGUGGAAAACAGGUCUCAGUUCCACCAGAAUUCACCGCAAAUCUUCCUCCAAUGGGCUCCAUUGUGGAAUCAGGAAAACGGAAAUCGGGUUUCAAAUCAGACUCAUUCGUAUCCCCCCCUUACAUGGGCCAUGUUAAAAUAGACUUGGUGCCCAAACCAGAAAGGCCUACCAAUAUUAAUAAAUUCACCAACAAUGAAACAUUUACCAGUCCAACCAAGUGGAGAUUAAGGGGCCGGAAAGACAGACCAACUUAUGGAGGGUACAUCAAGCCUGGAUUGUCAGUGGUUCUCACUAUGAAACCCUCGAAUGAUAAACUCUUCAAUGCAGGCAAUAUAAGCUUCAUUACACCGUCAACACGAAGUACUCGCCCAUUCCGAACUUAUAUCAACUUCAGACAGAGAGGUCCAAUGAACGUUGGUCGACUGUACGGCCCUCUGCCUCCCCCUCCUCCUCCGUUCCCUCAACCGCAGCCUCCUCCGCACUUCCAUGCUCCCUUCAAUCCCCCACCCUUCCAACACUCACAGUUCCCCCACCCCCCGUUCCCCGCUUAUAGAGGACCACCACCACCCAGGUUCCGACCUCCUCCUCACCCGAGGUUUAGUCAACCUCGACCCCCGAUGCCCCCGUUUGGGGGUCCUCCAUUUCCACCCGGACCUAUUCCACCGGGGCCUCCCCCACCACCACAUUUUCAGAGACCACCACCACCGCCACCGCCACCACCUCCACAGUAUGGGCCAAUCCCACCCCCUACUCCUCCUGAACCAUUCCCUUCACAUUUGCCUAACAUUCCUCCUCCCCCGCCUCCCCCGCCUUCCCCGUAUCCCACCGGAGUGGUUUUCCCGACUGUGCGACCCUUUUACGAGAAUAUACCCACGAUCAGUCCGAUAGACAAUGUUCCUGCGCCGUGGCCUCGACGGCAGAUCUACACAGGGACGUUCCAACCGAGAACUUUUGUGCCGAGGAAUUUCAGCGCUUACAAAGGGCCUAGGCGGGGAAGGGCAUAUGAGCAGUUUGGCAAAGCAGAUCUCAAGCCAAAGCGGGUUAGGUUUUACGAUGAAAUUACCUUGAGAGGAACACCAAAAAGUCCUGUAGUUCGGGGGCUUGGUUAUGGAAUGGAUUUCCAAACUGAUGUGACAAGACCUCCAUAUGUGCCAGGACCUAUGUUUGUGAGAAGGACAUGGCCCACGAGAGAAAAUAGAUUCGGAUACGAACCUUACAGAAGAUCAAGUGAUAGGAGAAGGCCCUUUGGAAGUUUUGGGAGGUACGGCGCUGAUAAGCCUCCUGUGCUGGGGGAUUUUGGACAGUUUAAGCCAUACAAAAGAGUGGAUUUUGGAGGAAAAUCAGUGUACAACUUUUCCCGUCCUACCAGAUCGUACACCUUCCCUCCAAGGCUUCAGAUGGCCAUUAGGAACGCUACUUACCAGCGCCGAUCCUUUAGAAGGUUCGACCGGGAACGCUUUGACCGACAAUCUCUGGGAUACAUCCCCUCAGGCACUUAUAAGACAUAUGGCCUCGGAGACCACAUAUCCCAUGAUCAUGAUUACCAUGGAAACUUGAUCACUCGCAAAGGCCGUAUCAUGAACAUGCAAGAUCUUAAAAAGCUCUUCGAGGUUGCAACAAAAACUGCUCCUAUUGUAGCAGCGAUGGAAGCCGCACCAACAGCAUCGGUGGUGAGAGAUAUUGUAACAGAAGUGGCAGCCGCUGUUACGGAGGCUGGUGUAGACAUGCCAUCAGCAACGGGGGCUGGUGUAGACAUGCCAUUAGCAAUGGGGGCUGGUGUUGACAUGCCAUCAGCUACGGGGGCUGGUGUAGACAUGCCAUCAGCUAUGGGGGCUGGUGUAGACAUGCCAUCAGCAACAGGGGCUGGUUUAGACAUGCCAUCAGCAACAGGGGCUGGUUUAGACAUGCCAUCAGCAAUGGGGACUGGUGUAGACAUACCAUCAGCAACAGGGGCUAGUGUAGACAAGCCAUCAGUGACUGUGAAAAAGAUUAAAAUGAAGAGACCGAUGACUCUACCGCCCUUAGAACUGGAGGAUUUUGAAGUGGUGACUACCGUCCCAGAAGAGACGGUCAACAAAAUGAUGGAGGAGUUUAUGAGAGCCAAGCCACAAGCGAAACCAGUUGGCAUGACAGCGAAAGAAGCCCUGAGAGCAGCAGCUAGAGAAGCUAUCCGGGACGCAGAGAAGGAAGCUUACGACCGAGGGGAGACCAUCGGAGGUGGUAUUGGCAGGAGAAAGAAGGGAGGGUUUGCACCCAGAGGGGAGAGAGGACGUGGACGGGGAAGAGGAAGGGGGAGGGGAGGCUUUAGGUUCGGCAAUGGAGCGAAGAAUUUCCGGAGAGCCAAGCGGUCUGUUGAGGUAGAGGAUCUGUUGGAGCGACAGACGAGAGUUAGAAGAGGGUUAAGGUUGGAUAGUGGCAACACUGACUACAUCACAGGCCCCGGGGCUCAUAGUAGCUCUUCCAAUAUCGGAGGGAGCCGGAUGGGAGAAGAUCCACCUUUGAGGAUGAGAAGGUUACAUCCACUGAGGGGAAAGGGAAGGCCUAGACGAGGAUAAGAUGAUUCACUAGAAAAAUUGGAGAAAAAAAAUUGAGAACUCACCAGAACAAAUGGACCCAAUAUUACACUCUACUCCUAGUAUGAGAGCUAUAGGCUAGAAAUAGACACAUUUUUUUCAAAAUCAAAACUCUAUAAUGGAUUGUAAUAUGUUUUAAAUUAAUGUGUUAACAUCUGCAGCUGGGGCUAGAAAAUAUAUAUGAAAAUCAAUACAUUUCAAUGUUUAUGAUUGAGUUGGCGAUUUUUAGUCAAGACUGGUCAACCGUAAUCAAAUUUUUCUUUCAAAUUUUGAAAAUGUUUUUACAACACAUAGUUUGUGCUUCAGAUUCAGAUUUAACACUUAUGUUAAACAUUGUUUAGUGACAUUGUUUAAUUAACUUAUAGUCUGACAGUAUAGAAUAAGUAGUUAGUCUUGCUACCACAACCAACUUUUAGUCAAAGCUCCUACUUAGGAAAUAUUAGUUUCAGGUUUAAUUUAGGAGCUGUUUAUCAGCUGUCUUUUGUAAUGUUUAUUGAAUACCAUGAUAAUUGCUGUCAAUAAGUAUAAGAUAAGAUACUUCUCAAUGUCUUUCGACAAUAAUUUCAACUUAUAACUAUGUAACAAAUUGUAGCUUUGUUUUUCCUAUUACAAAAUUGUCUUUAAAAAACAGUUUACAGUGAGAAUUUGUC